UACAAGAGGACUAGCUGCCUGACUGGCACGUUAGCAGCCGGUCUCUUCUGUUAUCUUGCUGCGUUCUUCAUCGACGUUUCUCUCCCGCUCCUCCUCCCUUGCUUCCUUCCUUGUUUCUUUCCCUGCUUCCCUUCCUUCUUUUCUUGUUUCUUUCCUUGCUUCACUCCUUUCCUUGUUUUUCUUUCCUUCUUGUUUCCUUCCUUCAUUCCUUGCUUCCUUCGUUUGUUCCUUGCUUGCUUCAUUCCUUCUUGUUUCUUACCCUGCUUCACUCCUCGUUCCUGGCUUCCUUCCUUCUUGUUUCUUUCCCUUCUUUCCUUUUCUUUCCUUGCUUCCUUCGUUUGUUCUUUGAUUGCUUCCUUGCUUGUUUGUUUCCCUGCUUCCCUCCCUCCUUUUCUUGUUUCUUUACCUGCUUCACUCCUUUUUCUGCUUUGCUUCUUGUUUCCUUCCUUCAUUCCUUGCUUCCUUCGUUUGUUCCUUGCUUGCUUCAUUCCUUGUUUCUUACCCUGCUUCACUCCUCGUUCCCUGCUUCCUUCCUUCCUUGUUUCUUUCCCUACUUCCCUUCCUUCUUUUCUUGUUUCUUUACCUGCUUCACUCCUUUUUUUUGCUUUCCUUCUUGUUUCCUUCCUUCAUUCCUUGCUUGCUUCGUUUGUUCCUUGCUUGCUUCAUUCCUUGUUUCUUACCCUGCUUCACUCCUCGUUCCUGGCUUGCUUCCUUCUUGUUUCUUUCCCUUCUUUCCCUUUCUUUCUUGGUUCUUACCUUGCUUCACGCCUCUCUUUCCUGCUUUCUUCCAUUGCUUCCUUCGCUCGCUCCCAGGGCGGCCAAAUCGUGCGAGUGGCGGCGGCGCUGAGCUGCAUCAGCGGCUCGCCCGUCACGAUGUGCAAGGUGCGAGCGGGCAGGAGCAGUCCAGGACUCAGGCCUCAGCACCUGAGCGGCCUUCAGCUGGUUUCCGACAUGUGUGCCGGCGUCCUGCAGGGCGGCGCUGUCGGCUCCACCGACGUCAGCCUGACUCCGGGAAAGAUUCGAGCUGGAAACUAUACAGCGGACACGCACACAGCAGGGAGUGUGUGUCUGUUACUGCAGGUGGCGCUGCCGUGUGCGCUCUACGCAGACGACGUCUCAAACUUGAGCCUCAGAGGAGGAACCAACGCGGAAAUGGCGCCACAAAUAGACUACACUGUCAACGUCUUCAUACCCAUCGUGAAAAAGUUUGGAGUCCAUUUUGACUGUGACAUCAAAAUGAGAGGUUUUUACCCAAAGGGUGGCGGCGAGGUGUGUGCGGCGGUGCGCGCGGUCAAAGAGUUGCAGGCGGUCACCAUGUUGGAGAGAGGCAACAUCUCAAAGAUUCACGGAAGAGCGUACGUGGCCGGGGUUCUGCCUUUCAAGCUGGCCAAGGACAUGUCGGCGGCCGCCGUGCGAACCAUCCGCAGAGAAAUCAAGGAUCUGUACAUCAACAUCCAAGCGGUGCAGGAAAAGGAGAAAGCGUGCGGCAAUGGAAACGGAAUCAUAAUCAUCGCAGAGUCGUCCACAGGAUGUUUGUUUGCGGGCUCUGCUCUGGGCAAGAGAGGCGUGUACGCUGACAAAAUUGGCAUCGAAGCGGCAGAGAUGCUGCUAAGAAACAUUCGUCACAACGGCUGCGUGGAUGAAUUCCUCCAGGACCAGCUGAUCGUCUUCAUGGCCCUAGCGAAGGGGACGUCUCGGAUCCGAACGGGGGCCGUCACCCUCCACACGCAGACCGCCAUCCACGUAGCCCAGCAGAUGACUCAGGCAAAGUUCACGAUAACAAAAUGUGAGGACGAGCUCAACGUCACCUACAUCAUCGAAUGUCAGGGGUCAGGGGUCAGCAACCCAAACAUGUAGCCCCUCCUGCUCAGCUUUUGGCCAUCCGGGGGCCCGAAACACACCUAACCACAGUCAACUCGCCCCGUCGUGAUGGUUGACACGCGAUUCCAAUGUGAACUGAGCGAGCGGCGACUGCGCCUUCGAUAGUUGGUUACAUUUUCUUGUUUUGCA